AUGAACAAAAGUUUUUCCCAAAGUUUUAGGUCUCUCACAGAUGAUCUCACGAAAUACAAAUUUUUUAAUUCAGGAAAUAAAAAUGGCAUUCAGAUAAAAACAUUUAAAUCUUUUGUGGAAGAGGGCAGUGUAAAAACUACCAAAAAUGAAUUAGAAGAAAGAAUAAUGGAUUUUAUAGCUGAAAAGAAAUUAUUUUUAGAAAAACUAAAAAAUCUUAAGGUACAUCUAGAAAUGGAAAAUCCUAAAGAAUUAGACAUUUUAUCCAAUGUAACUAAAUUGGAAAAAUGUUUAGAAGAACAAGUCAUACCAAGGCUUAAAAUAUCUGAAUGUACUGUGAAAGAUGUUCUACAGUGUUUGAUUGAAAAUGAAAAACUUUUUAAUUUAUACCAAACAAUCUCGUUAGACAUAUACAAUAUAACAAAUUAUCUUUAUAUAGACAAGAAAGUGAAUUUUUAUGAUCAAAAUUGUUUACAGUUCAUUGGUGAACAUUUCACAAAAAUGUUAAUAUUUUUUGAAAAAUUAAAACAACAUGAAACUGAAAUAAAUGGAAAUGCAAUACAGAAGAAUAUAACGUUACUUUAUCAAGUUGUUAACAUUGAAAUGAAAAUUAAAUUAAGAGAGCUUGUAUUAAAAGUUAUAGAAGAACAUCUGGCGUAUACAGAAAAAUGUAAACGAUUUUUGGAUGUUGUGAUACCCAUACUGAAUAAUACAACUAAAUACAGUAAAAAUAAAAAUCAAAUAUUAGGAAAAAUACCUGAAAUAUUUGAAGAGGAAAUUAGAAUAAGAAAAUAUUUGGAAAUGUGUUCUUGUGAUUAUAACCAUGAGAAAAUGGCAGAUGUUUUAACUAAAAAUAUAUAUUUAGGUAAUCUUUAUGAAGAACAAAUAAAUUUAGUUAGAAACAGAAUAAUAAAAAUUGCAUUUUGUCAGGAUUACAAGUUGGAUUCCGACAUAUUUUCAAUAGUAUUCAACCAUCUCAUUUCAUUAAAAAAUAACUUUACCAAAAUAAGGGAUCUCAGUAAAAAAUAUAAAACUGACUUUGGUAAAACUCAGUUAUUACUGGAUAAGUUGCACACGAAACUACUGAGGAUUGAUCUUAUUGCAUCUACAGGAAGUAUUAUAGGAUUGGAUUUGGAUACUUUGGGAGACGUCUUAAUGAGAAAUAUUUUCUCCAUCAAAGAAAAUAAAAACACGUUUGAAUCAGUGGUGUUUCUGUUUGAAAAUUGUUUAGUAUUGACUGAAGAAAUAAUAGUCAAAUCAUUAUGCUGCUACCAAAGUCGUUUAUUUAUUUCUAUGAAUAACCUACAAUUCCAAAGCGAGGACGACAAUUCCCUAAUAUUUUACACGAAAAAUAAACAAGUCAUAAUAAGUUUGAACAGUCCACACCAUGGUAAUCUAUUCGAGUUAAGAAGACUUCUUAUGAAUUUAUUAUUAAAACAAAUAAGCAAAUUGAAAAAAGAAUAUAAAGAAACAUAA